UCCUUUCUCCUGCCGCUGCGGGUCUCCCUGUCAGCUGACUUUCAGGAAAUGGACCCAUUGGAUCCGAUCUCGCCUUCUAAAAGGCCGGCGGGCCGGCGGGAGUUGUCAGUCGGGGUCGUCGGCAAGGGCUGGACAGCCCCUUGUGCCCGGGAGUAGUCGCCCCCGAAGCCCCUGCCGCACCCAGGCUGUUGUUGCAGCGAGAGUUUCUGAAGCGGAGGGGACGCCGCAAAGGGCGAGAGCAUCCAAAAUGUCCCAGGAGGAGAGGCAGAAUCUCCUUAGCUUCGCCUCCUAUAUAGAGAAGACGCUGAAUCCGAACUACAUCUUGAGCUACAUGAAGGGCUGGCUCGCUGAUGAGGAUGUGGAGAAAAUUCGGGUGGAAGGAGAGAAAGGUCCAACUGCUGCUGCCAAGCUUUUCCUUCAAAUCUUUGUGAACCUCACAGAAGAUGGAUGGUUCCUUGAAUUCCUGGCAGCUUUGAAGGAAGCAGGUUACAUUGGCCUCCAUGAGGCAAUUUGCUCCUGGGAUUUCCAGAUGAUUGAAAAGCUGGAGGAGCCUAGACAGCUGCUGAAAAGGAUAGAGCCCUCUUUGCGAGAAAUUGAUCCAGAACAACUACGUCCAGACUUAAAUGACUGUAUUCUGGACCAGGAGUGGGAAGAGAUUAUACAGGUUAAACGUAACAAGGGCAAAGGAGCAAGUGCAAUAAAAUUAGUGGAAUGCCUGUAUCGGUCAGACAAGGUUCACUGGCCCAAAACCUUCCAGCUAGCACUGGAGCAAGGAACAUACGAUGUUGCCACAGUCUGGAAUUUGACAGAUGGUGAUCAAGGUGAUGGAACAGAUGUUGAAAUGACAGGUGACGAUGAGGACAGCUGUGCCGUUGAUAUAAAUUUUCAAUAUACUGAAGAUGCACAGGCUGCCAAUUAUAGCGAGAAUAGCUGCUCCUCUUUGUGUUCUCCUGCAGAACCCUGUCCGCGGUCCACCUAUUUUCCAAAGGAGGCGAGAAGCUAUCAAAACGAACUUGCCCAGCCUGCUCUCAAUGGCAAAAACACCAUCAUUUGUGCCCCUACUGGAUCUGGGAAGACUUUUGUAUCUCUUAUAAUAUGUGACCAUCACCUCCGCAACAGGCCUGCUGGGGAGAAAGGGAAGGUUAUCUUCCUUGCCACUAAAGUCCCAGUGUAUGAACAACAGAAGAAAGUUUUCCAGGAGCAUUUUGAAAGGACUGGCUUUACUGUUGCAGGCAUAUGUGGGGAAACAGCUGCCGAGACCCCUGUAGCCAUGGUUAUUGAGGAAAAUGAUAUCACAGUCAUGACACCUCAGAUUCUACUCAACUGUCUCAAUGAUAGAACGCUGCCUUCCCUUUCGAUGUUCACGCUGAUUAUUUUUGAUGAGUGCCACAACACAACUGGGAACCAUCCUUACAAUGUAUUAAUGUCCAAAUACUUGGAUCUUAAAUUUGAGCAGGCUGCAACACCUCUUCCCCAGAUUGUAGGUUUGACAGCCUCCCUCGGAGUGGGAAGUGCCAAAAAUCUUGAGGACACCAUAGAACACAUCUGUACAGUUUGUGCCUCACUCAGUGCCCAGGUCAUAUCAACCGUCAAAGAGAACAUAAAAGACUUGGAGGAAGUUGUCUACAAGCCCCAAAAAUCAAUUAAGCUUAUUGGGAAACGUCCUGAAAGUAAUUUUGUGGACAUUAUUUCACACAUGAUGUCUGAAACUGAAAAACUGGCAAGAAAAGUUUACCCUAUAGAUACUUUGUCCCACAUUAAGAACAGAGGUUUUGGAACACAGAAAUACGAACAAUGGAUUGUUGAUGUACAGAAGAGAUGCUCAGUGUUACAGCUGCCAGAUAAGGAGGAAGAAAGCAGGAUUUGCAGGGCUCUUUUUAUUUACACGGAGCACCUCCGGAAAUACAACGAAACCCUCAUCAUUAAUGAAGAUGCACGUACUCAGGAUGCACUGGCUUAUUUGAAAGAUUUUUUUGAGAAUAUCAGGAACGUAGGGUUUGAUGACAUAGAAGAGAAGCUGGCUUCAAACUUUGAAGAUAAACUGCCAGAGAUGAAUGCAAUUUCUCAAGACGAAUCCAACGACAAUCCCAAACUGGAAGAGAUCACUUUCAUCUUGGAGGAAGAAUAUCGUCUCAAACCCCAAACUCGUUCCAUUCUCUUUGUUAAGACAAGAGCAUUGGCAGCAGCCUUAAAGAACUGGAUAGAGGAAAGCCCUCAGCUCAGGCACCUAAAGCCAGAUGUCCUGAUGGGACGUGGGAAAAGAAAUCAGAACACAGGUAUGACUCUUCCAAAUCAAAAAGGCGUCCUGGAUUCCUUCAGAAGUAAUGGGGACAGCAAGAUGCUCAUAGCUACAUCGGUGGCUGAUGAAGGGAUUGAUAUUGCCCAAUGCAACCUUGUCCUCUUGUAUGAAUACACAGGCAAUGUCAUCAAAAUGAUACAAGUCAGAGGCCGUGGCAGGGCAAAAGACAGCAAGUGCAUCCUUGUGACCAGCAAAAGCGAACGGGCUGAGACGGAGAAAAACAACAUGUUGAAGGAGAAGAUGAUGAACAAAGCCAUUGGGAACCUGCAGAAGUGGGAUGAAGCCACGUUAGCACAGAAGAUAAAUGACUUGCAAAUGAAACAAAAGCAGAAGCAAGAUUCCAAGAAAAAAGAAUCCCCACAAAAGCCAAAGGCAGGCAGUCAAAAGCUGCUGUGCAGAAAAUGCAAAAGGCUUGCCUGUGUCUCAGAGGACAUCAGGGUAAUCGAGGGAUCCCACCACACAGUCAUUGAUAAGAACUUCAGGCAAUGCUAUAUUACAAGGCCUCAUGCGAAUACAAAGGGCUAUGGCAACUUUGAGAAACGAUGCAAGCUAUACUGCAGGGAAUGCCAACAUGACUGGGGCAUUACAGUGAAAUACAUGACCUUAGAUGAUCUACCCAUCAUCAAAGUGGAGAGUUUUAUUGUGGAAGACAUUGUCUCUGGGAGGCAGCGUCAUUUUCGAAAGUGGAAAGAGGUCGAUUUUGCAAUGAAAGCAUUUGCCAUUGAAGAAAUGUCCGGUUGAAAUACAGAACUGGCUUGCUGGUUGUAUCUGUGUUUAAUGUUAUGAAAUGUAGACAUAGCUUUUUUUUUGGAUAACAUAAGAAAUGAAUUUUAUUGUCAUAACAUUAAACUAUGUACUUCUGAAGUUGGUUCUAAACUUGAUUCAAUGACUGCACACCCAAUUUAAUCAGCUACUCUGUGACGUCACCACACGAUCAAAAAUGCUACUGCGCUGGUGGCAGUGUGAGAAAA